ACUUCUAAUUUGGCUUUUCUGCUGUUAGUUCUAGUGACCCUAGAAUAUAGAUAAGGAGCAUCCAUAGCUCCUCCCAUGCUUCUCAGUAAUAUUCCACUCUGUGUAGUUGAGCAAGAUUCCUGGUAUUCAAUCACAGCUGUGGAAUUUUUUUGUCCUACAAAAAAAUCUAUUUAACUCCAUCAGAUCAGUCCCCGCUGCUCAGUCAUACAGCCUCUCCAGCAUGAAGGUUGCAGUGAUCGGUGCAGGGCUUUCUGGUCUGACCAGCAUCAAGUCCUGUUUGGAUGAAGGUCUGGAGCCCACCUGCUUUGAGAGCAGCCAUGACAUUGGGGGUCUGUGGAGAUUUAAGGAGACACCUGAGCCUGGACGUGCCAACAUCUAUCAGUCGGUGGUGAUUAACAGCUCCAAAGAGAUAAUGGCCUUCAGUGACUUUCCUCCACCCGCUCAGCUCCCAAAUAACAUGCACCACUCUGAGGUGCUGCUUUAUCUACGCCUCUAUGCUCAGUCCUUCAAGCUGCUGCAACAUAUACAAUUCCAGACUACAGUGGUCAGUGUGAGGCAGACCCUGGAUUUUGCAGCAACAGGCCAAUGGGAUGUGGAGACAGAGACGAGAGACGGUCAGAGAGAGACUCGUGUUUUUGAUACGGUGAUAGUUUGUACCGGACACUUCACCCAGCCUCACCUGCCCCUCGGAGACUUCCCAGGUAUUGAGAGCUUUGAAGGCAACUAUUUUCACAGCUGGGAUUAUCGCAGUGCUGACGAUAUGCAGGGGAAAAGAGUGGUGGUGAUUGGGAUUGGGAACUCUGGAGGUGAUAUUGCUGUGGAUAUCAGUAGAGUUGCUGAGAAGGUGUACCUCAGUGCCAGGAGCGGAGCGUGGGUUGUCAGCCGUGUAGGAGAGGGUGGGCUCCCAUGUGACCUUCUUGGGAGUUCUCGAUUGGAUAUGGUGAUGGAGAAGCUCUUCCCCUCGUGGGUCAAUAAGAUGGUGGAGAACAGGCUGAACAAAGCAUUCGACCACAAACUAUACGGCCUGAAACCAAGUCAUAGUUUUUUUCAACAGAUGCCUGUUGUGAACGACGACCUGCCAGCUCGGAUCAUUUCAGGUCGGGUUCAGUUGAAACCAAACGUGAAGCAGUUCUGUGGAUCCACUGUGGUCUUCACCGAUGGCAGCGUUAUGGAUAAGGUGGAUGUAGUGGUCUUUGCCACCGGGUACAACUACAGCUUCCCCUUCCUGCCCUCAGCUCUGCAGGCUAAAAGUGGUUACAGGCUGCAUCUCUUCAAGCAUGUGUUCCCUCCUGCACUGACCCGGCCUACACUGGCAGUGGUGGGCUUCAUCCGUGGCUUCGGGGCUGUCAAUCCUCUUGCUGAGUUGCAGGCCCGCUGGGCUACGAGAGUGUUUAAAGGCUUAUCCAAACUCCCCUCAGAAAAGACCAUGAUCAAGGACAUUGAGAAAGACACAGAAAACAUGCAUCAGAGGUUUGCCUGCUCAGACCGUAACCCGAUCCAGGUGGAUUACAUCCCUUACCUGGAUUAUCUGGCCGAGCAGGUUGGGGUUCGACCAAACUUACUGUGGCUCCUGCUGACAGACCCCAGACUGGCACUGAAUAUCAUACUGGGUCCCUGCACUUCAUAUCAGUACCGUCUGACUGGGCCAGGCCAGUGGGCUGGGGCACGUCAGGCCAUCCUCACUCAGUGGGAUCGGGUGGCUCAGCCUUUCAAGACCAGAGUGGUACCAGAACCAGAGACCAAGCCUUCUUCUAGACGGAGCACCAUACUGAUCUUCUCAGGUGCAGCACUACUGUGCUGUUUUUACUGCAAUAAACAUUACCCCAACUUCUUUCCCGUCACUCUGAAUAUCCUCAAGACAAAGUUCUACCACUUCUGAGUACUGUAGUUCGGUAUGUUGAACACCUGAGUCUUUUUCUUAAUUUGAUUACAAUCUUAACCUCGAGCACCUUUUGUUUCAUGCUGCUUAGAAAUACAUCCAGAGUCCAGUCAUGAGACUUAACAGGUGUUGUGGCAUAGGAGGUAGAGGUAGGAUCCUGAUUAUUAGGUUUGCAGCUCGACCUGCAACGAAAAUUGUAAAUCACUUUGGAUAAAAGGUGCUCUAUCACUGUAGCCGUUUAAUGGUAUUCAGUCUUUGACAACAAGGAAAUUACAAUAUCCCCUAUCCUAAGCAUGUAGAAGCUGUAGUUUAACAGGUUUAGUUACCUCUGUACUUAUGUGGACU